AAAAAGAAAAGAACAGCUGUUGUUGCAAAAGAAAACAUCAAAAAAUGCCAGCCCCAAAAAGAGCACCAUCUCCACAUGAGUCGCAGCCCAAGAUAAGGAAGUUGGAUGGGGAUGGGGAGGCUCUGCCAUCCAAAACUGCACCAGCCACCAUAAAUAGUUCCCUUAAAACGGGAAAUGCACAAGAAAAGUCAGCAGCCCCCCGGACCAAGAAAAAACUUUCUACAUCAGAGGAAGAGGGAAAUAAAUCACCAAAUCAGAGUUCUACAACUAGGGAUUCCAACAGAACUGUUUCUGACCCGCCUGUCAAGAAAGCCAAGCUCCUGAAUGCCACAAGUGCCUCCUGCGAAGAACCUUCCUCACAGAAUGCAAACUCCAAAGCCUCCCUUAAACGUACAGCCUCCACAGAGUCCGACGAGGAGGUUAGUAGUGAUGAUGGCAAGACUGACGUCUUUAGAGAGAGGGAUGAUGGCAACAAGGCCCGUUGCGUUAGACAGUAUUCAAACAAAGUUAGAGCAAAGCGAAAGGCUGAGGAGGUAUCAUCUUACCAACAGGAUACAGGCCAAGAGUUGACAUCUGCACCCACAGACCUUAUACAGCGGGACCAUGAUUAUGGCAGAUUGUCAGAUUCGUCAAGUAUUCAAGAUGAGGGUGAGAAUCAUCGGAAAUUGGAAUCUGCACCGUCAGCUACCGAACAUGAGAGACAAGGAAACUCUGAUAUAGCAGCAAAACCCAAUUCAAAGGGAACUACCUGCUCUGUAUCAGGUACUUCUGAGGAUAUUAUUAAGUGUGUGGUUGAAGAAAAUAAACACAAGGAUUUUAAAAACAUGGAAAUCCAAAAGUUCACAGAUAAUGAAUCUUUAUCAUCACCUACAGAAAUAUUAGACUGUGUCACUGCAAAUUCACCAUGCAUCACAUCUGGGGCUGAGGAAAAUGACAGAAAUGAUGUUGCAGAGUACAUCAAAAGUGAAAAGGACGUAGAUGAUGAACCACUUGUACUGUCAGCAGAAACACAAUGUUCUGUCACUGGAGAUAUUAAGCUAACCUCUAUUGGUGAAGAUACAGGCUCAGUGUGCAGACAGGAGAAUCAAACAGAUGUGAACCAUGAAAUUGAAACAAAGAAGGAAGGUGAACAUGAAAUGAGGGUAGAACAUAAAGCAGCCAGUAUCUCAACAGAGGUCAAAGAUGUAGGUAUGGAAGAGGAAACGGUAUCAAACAAACCAAAUGAGAGUCUGGAGAGUCAAACAGAUCUCAGUGUCAAAAUUCAAGUCACUCUCAAGGAGCAAUCAAUAUCUGCACACUUGCUUGACCAUGUGCCAGAUGAAAUGACCAACUCAAACAAAGAAGCUAGAAAGCCCGAAGACAACCUUGAAGAAAAUGAAAGAGAAGAAACUGAAUUACAGUCGACUCAAUCUUUCCCCAGUCCUGGGUCCUUUACUGAGGGACAGACGAGUCAUGAUGCAACAGACAAAAUAAACGACAGCUAUAUUGAGACAGUGGCGACUGAUCGUGAGGAGGUUCCUCAGCAGAAACAAAAAGAAGAGGUCAGUGAUGGCGUUGCAGUCACAGUGGGACAAACACAAACAGACAUGGAGAUGAAAAUAACAUCAGAGGGGAUGUCUGACUCAGCACCUGGAGUGACUUCACAAAACCUGGAGAACCACAAAGGUAAUGAACACACUGCAGAAUCACUCACUGAAGUUCAAGAAAGUCUGACAAUUGAAAAGUCUACAUGUAUGGAAAAAGAAAACGAAAUUAUCUUGGAGUGUGCUGCUGCACCUCAUAGAGAAAACAGAGUAGAAAUAUAUUCUUCACUGACAUCAGAGCGAGAGAUUUCGAAUCCAGCUUCUACAGUAGAAGCUCAUAGUCUGAAAAGCCAAGAGGUUUGUGAAUCCGUUCCACAAAUAUCUGCUGAAUUUUCUAAAGAGCGUGUGGUUAUGGAAAUGCAGACAACCUCAACAUCAAAUAUUUCUCGUUCCACCUCAAAAAAGGACGUACAAAAUCAGUCAGAGCAAAACAGAGACAAAAUCACGAAAGACAUUUCUCCAGAGGAUCAUCAAGAUAUGGCAACUCAAAGUUUUGAAGAAAUGGAAAAUCUAAAUGACAAGAGCAGUGUAUCUGCAUGUACAGCUGAGAGUGAAACCAAAAUGGAGAUGCUGUCUAUGACAACAGCAGACAUUUCUAAUCCAGCAUCUACUCUGGAAGUCAAAGUGCAGAGCCCAGAACUGAGUGAACCUACCACAGAAGAGUCUGAUAAAACACAUGCUCAUUCAGUUGUAAACAAUCAGAGCAGAGUAGAUACUGUUGAUGCUGAAUGUGUUACUGAUCCAGAGAAUCAAUCGGAAGUUCAACUGCAGACUGCUACCACAUCAGAUGACCUUUCUAAAUCGCCAUCUACAGUUCAACUACAAACUCAAGAGGUCACUGAACCUACCAUGGAUGUGUCAGAUGAAGUUCAUGAGGAACAAAAAGUUGAAAAUCUAGUGCACAUGGAAAUGGAGACAUCAACAUCACAGCUUUCUCAUCCAAGCCUUAAAGUAGAAAUGCAAAAUCAGACAGACCAAAAGAGAGAUUUAUGUGCUACAGAGACUUCAACAAACGUUCAUCAAGAUGUUGUGACAAAGAAUUCUGGAGUAAUGGAGACUCAUGACAACGAGCAAAACGGAUGUUCAAGUACACCUGAGUGUAAAAGCAAAAUGGAAAUGCUUUCUACAUCAUUGUCAGAGAUCUCUAAUCCAGUAGCUACACUGAAAGGGACAAUGCUGGAGAGCCCAGAUGUGAGUGAAGCUACCUCAGAUGUAUCUGAUGACGCACAUGCUCAAAAUGUAGAUAGUGUUGAUGGUGAAUGUGUUAAUGCUCUAGAGAAUCAAACUGAAGUUCACCUGCAGACUGCAACCACAUCAGAGAAGCUUUCUAACCUACCAUCUACAGUUCAACUACAAAAUCCACUGACUCUAGAGGUCAGUGAAACUCCCACAGACGUGACAGAUGAACAUCCCAAGGACCAUAAAGUUACAAAUUUGACAAUUGUGGAAAAUGAAAAUCUGGUGAACUUUGAACCUGUGGCAGCAUCAGAGAGUCAUAUUGACAUGGAAAUGGAGACAUUGAUAUCACAGAUUCCAUAUCCAACCCUAAAAGUAGAAACACAAAAUCAGUCCGAGCAAAAGAAAGAAGACUUUGCUACAGAGAUUCACCAAGAUAUUGUGAAUGAAAAUCCUGGAGAAAUGGACACUCAAGACAACGAGCCUAACAGAUGUUCAAGUACACCUGAGAGUGAAAGCAAAAUGGAAAUGCUUUCUACAUCAUUGUCAGAAGUCUCUAAUCCAGCAGCUACACUGAAAGUGAGAAUGCAGGAGAGCCCAGGUGUGAGUGAAGCUACCUCACAUGUAUCUGAUGACACACAUGCUCAUUCAGUUGUAAACUAUCAGAGCACUGAAAAUGUAGACAGUGUUGAUGGUGAGUCUGUCACUGCUCCAGAGAAUCAAACUGAAGUUCACCUGCAGACUGCAACCACAUCAGAGGAGCUUCCUAUCCCACCAUCUACACUGCAGGUACAAAAUUUGCUAACUCAAGAGGUCAGUGAACCUACCACAGGCAUGUCCGUUGAACUUCAGGAGGAGCAAAAGGUUGUAAAUUCAGCGACUGUGGAAAAUGAAAAUCUGGUGAACUUGAUGCUUGUGGCUGCAUCAAAGAGUCAAAUUGACAUGGAAAUGGAGACAUCGACAUCACAGAUUUCUCAUCCAAGCCUUAAAGUAGAAAUGCAAAAUCAGUCAGAGCCAAAGCGAGGUGACUUUGCUCCAGAUAUUUCGACAGAGGUUCAUCAAGAUAUCGUGACCAGAAAUUCUGGAGAAAUUGAGGAUCUAGACAAUAAGCACAAAAGAUGUGCAAGUACACCUGAGAGUGAAACCAAAAUGGAAAUGUCAUCUACAUCAUUGUCAGAAAUCUCUUAUCCAGCAGCUGCACUUGAGGUGAAAAUGCAGGAGAGCCUAGAAGUGAGCGAAGCUACCACAGAUGUGUCUGAUGAAGCACAUUCUCAUUCAGUUGUAAACUAUCAGAGCACUGAAAAUGUAGAUGGUGUUGAUGCUGAAUGCGUUAUUUCUCCAGAGAAUCAAACGGAAGUUGAUCUGCAGACUGCAACCACAUCAGAGGAGCAUUCUAUUCCACCAUCUACAGUGCAGCUACAAAAUCCUCUAACUCAACAGGUCAGUGAACCUACCACAGACAUGUCAGAUGAACAUCAUGAGGAGCAAAAUGUUGUAAAUUCAACAACUGUGGAAAAUGAAAAUCUGGUGAACCUGAUGCCUGUGGCUGCAUCAGAGACAAAGAGUCAAAUUGAGAUGGAAAUGCAGACGUCACCAACAGCAGAGAUUUCUGACCCAGCUUCUUCAUUUGAAAUACAGAAAACAAGCAAUGCUACUUCAGGGGACAUGCCUAGCAUAUCAUCCACAGAGGGAAUGAAAAGCUUGGACAUCAGUGAACAUGUCACAGUCAUAUCUACAGAAGUUUACAACAAAGCAAUGACUGAAAUCUCUGAAAUUGACAAAAAUGAAGAUGAGAUGAACAUUGAAGCUGUGGCUGAACCAGACAGUCAAAUCAGCCUGGAAUUCCAGAAUACAUCAACUUCUGAGGUUUCUCUCCUGGCCUCUUCAGUGGGACAAGAAAGUCUGAAAAGCCUAAAUGAAGUGGGCCUGGAGACUACAAAAAUAGCAGAGAUUUCUAAUGUAUCACCUGCAGUAAAAAUGCAAAGCCAAGAGUCCCAUAAUGAUAGUGAACCUACCGCUGACAUAUCCAGAGCAUACGUGACUGUACCAGAGAAUAAAAUCACACUGGAAUUCACAACUACAUCAAAUUCAGAGAUUUCUAUUUUGCCCUCAUCAGUGGGAAGAGAACAUUUGAAACAACAAAAUGAAGUUGACAUGGAGACGACACUAACAGAAAGGAUUUCUAACACACCAUCUGCUGUAGAUAAACAAAGUGAGGGGAGCCGUGAUGAUGGUGAACAUACCACUGACAUAUCUAGAGAAUGUGUGACCCUACCAGAGAGUCAGGAAAUACAGGCAUCAACUUCUGAGAUUUCUUCACUGGGACAAGAAAGUCUGAGAAGCCAAAAUGAAGUGGACAUGGAGAUUAUGGCGACGGACAGGAGACAGGAGUGCCAGGAUGGCAGUGAACAUAUCACUGACAUGUCUAAAGAAUAUGUGACUGUACCAGAGAAUCAAGAACAAAUGAAAAUGCAGGUUACAUCAACAUCAGAGAUUUCUAUCAUAGCACCUGAAGUGGAAACACAAGGCCAGACAAGCCAGGAAGUCACUGGACCUGCGAGAGACACAUUGGAAAAGGUUCAAGUGGGUAAAAAGACCCUUUUAAAUGAGUUUAAUGAAAGUGAGAACGAGGUCAUCACAGGAGGUGUCAGUAUUAUGGAGAGCCCGGUUGAAAUGGAAAAGCAGACAACAGAGGAGACUUGUAAACCAACCUCUGCAAUACAAAUACAAGACCAGACAUGUCAGGAGGUCACCACAGACACUGAACUUCAAAAAGGUGCAAUCACUGAGUGUAAAGAUGACAUGAAAGAGAUUAUAACUGAUUGCAUUAGUUCUACUGAGAGUCAAAUGGAAAUGGAUGUUGAAACAACUGCAACUGCUGAGAUUUCUGAUCCAGCACCUACCAUGGAAAACCAAAACCAGGACAUUCAGGAGGUCACUGAACUCAAUACAGAUGCUGCUCAACAGUAUCCACAAGCGGCAAGCUGUAGCUAUAAGGUAAAUGAAGACGAGGCCAAUUCUUCUUCACUUUAUGCCCCAGAAAUUCAGACACAUUUAGGAAUUACUGCAGGGCCUGAAAAUAUUUCUAUGUCAGCAUCUACAGCAGAGCAGCAAAACUGUAGGAUGGAGGAAGUCACUAAGAACUCUGCAGACUUGGCAAAUGCACUUCAGGAAACUCUUCCUAUGGUUAAUUUGGAAAAUACAGAAAAUGUAAAUAUGCCUGAGUCUACUGCCGAAGACACCCAAGAGGAUAUGGAUGUAAUAAGUAGGUCAGUGGAAACCAAGGAUUCUGUUUUAGAAGAGGAGAUGGGGAGACAAAUGAUUAAUGAGGCCAAAGAAGAAGCUGCAAUCAUUCACACCGACAAAGCUGACAAAACAGUUAGUGGUGUUGAAAGACAAGGUGAAGGAACUGGAGGCAAUGAAGUAAUUGUUUUUGUCUGUGGCCAGUCGGAUGACAUUGAUAUUGUAAUUCAGGCAUCAGACGAACAAAUCAAGACAAAUGAUCAGUCUGAGGUUCAUCUUCAUGAAAACCAGAUAGUGUAUGAACCCAUCAGUAGUCCAGAAAGUAAUGAUGGCAGGGAAAUUCCUAUGGUGUCAGAGAAGCAUGGGGGGAUGUCUAUACUGGAUAUACAAGACACAGAGACCCAAAAGAUAACUGAAGAUGCGUCAGCAUAUGAAGAAAACAAAGACAAAUAUGACACACAAGUGGGAAAUGAAGAAAACGUUCAGCAGCAAGUUUGUGUGUCUGACAGCCAAGCAGCAGCAGCAGCAGUUGACAUGGAAAUACCAAGCUUCAGCGUGUCAGAAACUUCUCCCCCUGCACAGUUGGAGCACAGCAACAUGAGUGUGGAUGUGAAACAAGUUGCAGUGAUAAGCUCUAGUGAUGAUAUUAGCAUUCCUCAUGGCCAGUCAGACAUUGCAACAGAAAAAAGUGGCUUUUCAGAGUGCACCAGUGCCUCUGAGUUUUCUCAACACCCACAGGAGGACGCUGGACUCCAGGAGGCUGAAGAUGUCAUGGUGACAUCUUCAGCAACCACUGAAGCUGAGGUACCGGAUAGUACAUCUGAGGAGUAUGUGAUCUUAGAACCAGUCCCAGAGAGUAAUAUUCACUUUGAUAUUGUCACUCAAGCAGUGGCCCAGUCAGGUUUGACUGCUUCACUUUCACAGGAAGUAAAUCCAGGCAGUGUAUUACCAGAUGAAGUUGGACAUCUUUUAAAUGGUUCCCAACAAACUGUCUUCCCUGAGGCUGGAGUACAUGACGUCAAAGAUGCUACAUUGGCCAGUUCAGGUGAUGAUAAGAAAGCCACAACAGAAAUAUUAACUAAGGAAGGUUUUGAGGACCAAAGCUCUGACCAUUGCCAACAACCACCAAGUGAAGUGAUGGCUAUUAAUAACACAGAGAUGGACAUUGUGAACUCUGAAGCUCUACACACAAAUGAAGACUGUAAUGAUGUAGUGAUAGAAAAUGCAGAAGUGCAGAUUCUGGAGGAGUUUGAGAUUGGACGUGAAAUUGUAGUGGCAGAGGAAGAGAAUGAGGAAGACAGUGACAUUACAAUAAUUGAAAAAUCUCAGGAAACACCUGAGGCAGUUCCUUCAAAACAGCCAGAUGAAAAUGUAAAUGAGAAAAUGAACAAAGACAGUGGGACCAAUGAGAAGCAAAACAGCACUGUUGACAAGAAGACUAAAGAGUUGAACAAGCCACAGGAGCCAGAAAAACCCAAGAAGCAGGAAAUGAAUACUCAAGCCAGAACCAAAGCUCGUAUGGCAGCUUUGGCUGAGCAAAAGGCAGCGGCAGCAAAGAGAGCAGCAAGCAGACAGCAGCUGAACCUCUUAGCUCUGUGUCAGGAAAUCGCAGAGGACAUUGCCACAGACAGCAUGCUUUUGAAGAGGAUUGAGGAAGAAAAGCAAGCAGCAGCAGCAGCGGCGGUGGCAGCAGCAGCAGCAGCGGCGGCAACAGUGGCUGCAGAGGCAGCAGCAGUUGCUGCCAUGGCAGAAGCCAGCAAGAAGGAAAGUCCACCAGUUACCACACAGGAUUCAGUUACUAUUAAUGUUGCACCUCCAGCUGGACCACAAGAAUGUUCUGCUUCAGUGGCUCCUGCUGCUGAGGUAUCUGAAGCCCAGCCCUCAACAGCGAAUUCAACUGAGGCCAAGUCUGCCGCAGAGCCUCCGAGGAGACGCUUCUUCAUCUCGCAGGUUACGGUACCACUGAAAGUCCACGAGAAAAAGAAGCUAACAAGAUACCAACGGCUGAGACAGGUUGAACUGCAGCGAGAAAAAAUGUCCUGGGCACGUGUCAAGAAACUUAAGUCUGACCAAGCAAACCAGAUGUUUUCAGACAUGGAUUGGCAACCACCGUCAUUUGUCUCCUCUCAGUUUUCAUCUUCUCCUGUGACCACAGCGCCUCCACCUGCUGUCAGUCCACCAAAACCAUCUCCUUUAUGUCCUGUCACAACUGGCAAACCUGCAACACCCAAAGCUGAAGUUCCCAAGGAGGCUGAGUCUCCUAAGGCUGAACCAGACAAAAUAGACCUCACUAAGGCAGAAAGCUCUAAAUCUGCACCUGUUAAGGCAGAAACCUCCAAAUCUACACCCACUAAAACUGAACCUACCAAAACUGAAGCAUCUAAAACUGAACCUCCUACUGCUGAAACACGAAGAAGUACAAGGCAGAGAAAGACUCCUGAAACCGCCCCUACUCCUGGACCAGCCCCAAAAGUAAGCAAGUCAGCUGCGAAGAGGACUCUCCCAGCUAUUCCUCCACCCAUGCCCAACGGUCUUAAUGCUCAAAAACCCAAGCCUGUCGAGUACAAGCCAUACAGGCCCCGGCCCAAGUAUUCCUUCGAUGACUUUGAAUUGGACGAUGACCCAUUACCACCAAAAAAGCCCAUCCCCCUGUCUAGACCCACACAACCUACACGGCCAAACAUUCAGUCAAACCCCACAGUUCAGUCUAAACCUGCAGUUCAGGCAAGGCCCACAGUUUCAUCACAACCUGCCAAUCAGGCAAAAGUCAAAACACAGAUGGGCCCCCCUGCUGGACAGAUCGCAGGUCAGUCUAAAUCCAAUGUUACUGUUAAAUCUCAGUUAAAGCCUGCAGUUUCGACCACUCCUCAAUCUAAACCUGUUGUUGGAAUGGCCACCCAGUCAAAGGCUACAUCUGCAUCUACAGCAGGUUCAUCUCUUCAUCCCGCGAAAGCUCAAAUAAAGUCUCUCGGCUUGACAAAACCACAGUCAAACGCCGUGUCGGCUGCUUCUGCUCAGUUGAAGUCGACAGUCAGUGGGAGUCUAGCUCAGUUGAAGCAGUUGACUCCAACAGUGUCUAAACCGACUGCUUCAACCGCAUCAGAGACAAAACCCGAUGUUUCCAAGACUGACACUGUUUCAACUUCUCAGAAAAUUCGACAAUCAUCAGAGGAUGGCAAAAGCAAGGUUCCAGCCAAUCUUUCAUCAGCUCCCACCUCUUCUCUUACUGAAGAAAGCGGGAAAUUGUCUGAUGACGCACAGCAGUGUGAACAAACGUCUACAGGUGUCUGGACAGUUGCAGCGGUUGAUCCAGAGAAUAAGGCAGAAACCUUCAAGACGGCGGAGAAGACAUUGGAAAAGCCUUGUCAAGCAGCAGCGAAGCCACAAGACGGUGAAACUCCUCUCUCUGAUUCUUGUCUGCAAAGAGAAGUCAAGAAACUGAAGGAGGCGGACAAAGAUGGCAGCCAAACAAUUAUUGAUGCAGGACAGAAGCACUUUGGAGCAGUGGCCUGCAAUGUGUGUGGGAUGCUCUACUCUGCUGCCAACCCGGAGGACGAAUCUCAGCAUUUACUCUUCCACAAUCAGUUCAUCAGUGCUGUCAAAUAUGUGGGAUGGAAAAAGGAGAGGAUUCUGUCAGAGUUUCCUGAUGGAAAGAUCAUUCUCGUCCUGCCAGAUGAUCCUAAAUAUGCUCUGAAGAAGGUUGAAGAGAUCAGGGAGAUGGUGGACAAUGACCUCGGCUUCCAGCAGGUGGAGACCAAGUGUCCUUCUAAGACCAAAACCUUCCUGUUUAUCUCAAAUGACAAGAAAGUGGCUGGAUGCCUCAUAGCAGAACACAUACAAGAGGGGUUCCGGGUGAUUGAAGAUCCUGUACCAGAAGGCUCAGAGGGAGAGAAGGUAAUGUUUGAACGUCAGCGAGCUUGGUGUUGCUCCACCACACCAGAGCCAGCCAUCUGUGGUAUCAGCCGCAUCUGGGUGGUCAACAUGAUGAGACGGCAGGGCGUCGCAUCACGUAUGCUGGAGUGCCUCAGGAACAACUUCAUAUAUGGUUCAUACCUGAGCAAAGACGAGAUCGCUUUCUCCGACCCGACUCCUGACGGAAAACUCUUUGCCACGCAUUACUUUGGCACUUCUCAGUUUUUGGUGUAUAACUUUGUGAGUGGAAGACACUCGUCACAACCCAAAACUGGUGCAGUAUGACAGCCUUCAGGAGAGGUAACGGUGGAUUUAACAGAGGAGCUCACUCACACACACUCACUAAAAGACACUGUCUUUAUUUGUAUAACGAUUAAAAUAAAAUAAAAUGAAAUAAAAACUGUAAAUUACUCCUUGGAGAAGCUUCAUUGAUUCCAAUCUCAGGAUGAAAACAACGAAGUUGUUUUGAAAAAAAAUGUUAUUAAUUCACCCUUUAAUCCCUCCCUACAUAGUAUUUUGAAGGAAAAAAUAAGUAUUUUCUUUAUACGUUUGUAAGCAAACAAGUUGUUUUGUUAAACUAUUGAGUUAACAUGCAUGAAAUAACAGCAAUAGAAAAUAAAAAGCAUUUCAUAGUUGUUUUCUAUUUUCCACCCCAGGGAGAUGAGAUCAAUUUGACAUGAAAUAAAUGGUUAUUUUGGAGUUUGUCGUCAAUCUGUCAUCGAGUGAACUGUACAUGAUGGAAGAUUAUUUUUCAACGUUGACAUUUAAUGGUGACGCUGCCUUUGUCUCAAUCUGUAAUGCGGAAGUUCACAAAUGCACUGUAUACAUUACGUUUUCCACGUCGGUCUCAAUUUUCACGUUUUUUUCUUGUAACAUUUCAAAGGAAUCACCUGAUCCAGGUGAUUCUUUUUAUCGACGGGAUUUAUUUCAACGAUCUGAUCUGAAGUGGGUUAGAACUGUGGCUUGGGCAUUAACCUGCGUGCUCUUGUUUUCUUAGAUCACCUUGUCUGAAAUGUUUAGUUUUUCCAAGCUGAGCCAUAUACUGUACACCAUUUAGCAGGGCAUUGUAGCCUAUACUUUAUGAGUGAAGUCUCUUGAUUUCAUCAAGGCUGUAUUGCUUUGUUUGUGCCUGAAUGAAUAAUGUAUGAUUUUUUUUUUUGUCUUUCCUUUUUAUUUUAGCCGUAUUUUCCUCUAAACUGCAUUUGGUGUGUUAUUGAGUUAGAGUAGCGUAUCAUCCUCCUAUUCCUUAGUAACAGCAAAUUAAAAUGUAUAUCAAAUGUAUCAUGUAGAUUUUAUGCAUACUAUUAUACAUUUUAUAUUGGAAAAUUCACAAGGAUUGGGAUUUAAAUGGUAUUUGAAUGAUGUGAUUUGGGGUUCGGCCUUUGUGAUUAACAGGAAUAUCUGCUCGCUGAUGAUCGUGUUUGGUUUAUGAUGAACGUCUGCCUCUCAACACACCGAUUUACAAUUGCAUCACUGUAAUUCAUCCCUUGUUUUCUUCUUUAAGCAGUUGCUUUUAGACAAAUGUGUCGUGUAAGAAAAAGUAAUUUGAUUUAUACAAAGCUGUUAUGUAAAUAUUUAUUUAAAUAAUAAACUGUUUAAAAUGUU